GUUUGCUGUGUAUUUAGCGUAAUUAAAUUUGCAAAGCGUGUUUAUUAGAUUGUAAUGCGGCGCUCCGGAGGUUGUAUGAUGUCGUCUCUGUCAGGCUGGGCCGGGCACACCUCCGUUUGACCUAUUUUCUGGUUAUUGCAUUGGAACUACUAUUUAUGUCUCCGGACUCCGGGCGCGAAGUAGGCCGUCACUUGCACCCCUCUUGCACGAACGUAAUUUAAUGAUCAAUGUAUUUCGGACAACAACACUGCUGUUAUCAUCAGUGGCUGUGUUUUUAAGUUUAAAAACAAUUCCUACAUAAAUUUAAGUAGUGUUUUAUUAACAAGGGUCAUCAUGUUAUUCUCAUGAUAACAUCUGAUAGUCCUAAUGGAGCCAGUAAUAUCAGUCUAGCAUAUGUGUACAAACAGUGAGUGCUUAGUGUAGUGUAGAAACAAUGGCAACAAACUUAGUUUCCGAGUGUGAAUGUGAUGAGAAGACAAUAUGAUGGAAUCGGAGCUCCCGCCUGGCAGUUGUAACUCUACAGGACACCUGUCUACUAUUGGAUGGAAUAUACCAGGUCGCAUGCACCAUUCGGCGAGCACGCCGGCGGGGGUGGACGGCGGCGGGUCGCGCACGCCGCCAGCCACGCCCAAGAAGGGCGGCAAGAUGCUCGCCGUGCGCGUGCAGAUGCUGGACGACUCGAUAUCCAUGUUCCAGAUACAGUCAAAAGCGCUGGGCCGCGUGCUAUUUGACCAAGUGUGUAGGCAACUGCAUCUUUUGGAAGCUGAUUACUUUGGAUUAGAAUAUCAAGAUGCCAACGGAACUAAGUAUUGGCUGGACGUCGAGAAGCCGAUGUGCCGGCAGGUCGGGCUCUCGAUGCUGGAGCCGACGCUGCGGUUCUGCGUCAAGUUCUACACGCCGGACCCGGCGCGGCUUGAGGAGGAGUUCACGCGCUACUUGUUCUGCUUGCAAGUGAAGCGGGACCUCGCGCACGGCUGCAUACAGUGCAACGAGAACACGGCCGCGCUGAUGGCGAGCUAUAUAGUGCAGGCGGAAUGCGGAGAUUUCGUGCCAGAGGACUACCCGGACCACACUUACCUCAGCGGGUACAAGUUCUUCCCCAAACAGGAUCCGGAGUCCGAGAGGCGGAUUAUGGAAAACCACAAGAAGCACAUAGGCCAGAGUCCUGCGGAGGCGGAUUUGAAUUUGUUAGAGACGGCCAGGCGCUGCGAACUGUAUGGUAUCAAAAUGCACUCGGCGAAGGACCACGAAGGCGUGCCGCUGAACCUGGCCGUGGCCCACAUGGGCAUUGUGGUGUUCCAGCAGAUCACCAAGAUUAAUACCUUCAGCUGGGCCAAGAUUAGGAAGAUAUCGUUCAAGCGGAAAAAGUUCCUGAUUAAACUGCACCCUGAGGGUUAUGGUCACUACCGCGACGUGGUGGAGUUUUUCUUCGAGGGCCGCAACGAGUGCAAGAACUUUUGGAAGAAGUGCGUAGAGAACCACGGCUUCUUCAGGUGCUCCAGCGUGCCCAGGCUGCCGCGCCACAAGACCAAGGUGCUCUCGCGGGGCUCCUCGUUUAGAUACAGCGGUAAAACUCAGAAGCAGAUAGUGGAGUUCGUGCGCGACAACUACGUGAAGCGGCAGACGUUCCAAAGGUCGGGCUCGUUUCGCGCGUCGCGCUCGGCGGGCGGCUCGCGCGCGAACGUCGCCAACACGCUGCCGCUCAACUCCAGCGUGUCCGCGCACCCGCUGCUGCCGCUGCCGCCCGGCUCCGACGCGAUUUCCCUGGAGUGGGACAAGCAACCUCACUACCUGGAGGCCUCGCUGAUGAUGCGCGGCUACCCGGCGGAGGCGGCGCGCGCGGCCGCUCGCCCACCCUCCCCCUCCCGCUCCCCCUCACCCAGCCACACUCCCACCCCGCGCACCCCGCGCACCCCGCACACCCCUCGCACACCCUCCCCCACGGGCCCGCACACGGACACGCGCACGCGCACGGACACGCACACGCACACGCGCACGCUCGCUCGCCCGCCGCCUCCAGCUACCGCCUUUGCUUCCACGAGAGACAAGCUGACAAAACUGUACUGCCAGCAAAUCGAGGGUCCCGAGCUAGUGACCCAUGCAGAGGUCAAUCAUCAUCCUACGGAGGAUUCACCUCUGCCUCAUCGGACGACGACACCAUCGGAUUCUCAGGAGACUCCCUGGAAGGAUGUCCGGUCGGGCCGCGCGCGCGCUCCCACUCCGCCGCCUCGUGCGCGCGCCGCAGAUGAACCAUCACCCGAAGAAGACCACACGAUAUCUUCAGCGAGUCUAUGUAUGUCGCCAAGUACUGAUGGAAUUCACGCGGGACUGCCGUUACACGCGUCUACUCCGCUCGAGCGACGGACGCUGACUAACGGCUACGUGGACAAUAGAGCGAGACGGGAGAACAAUAACCAUAACGGCGAUAGAGACAGCGAUAUAAUGAACCAUAGAGACGUUUGUGACGCCAUGAACGGGAAUGUACACGUGAACAUCGUCUCAGAGUCUACGAGUAUGGAUGUGUUAAGUGGGGGGGAGAGUGAUGCUGGAGACACACUCUCUAGGCGAAAUAAUAAUAGUCUAUCAUCGCGCGUGACCCUCCGCGACGUGUCGAAGCGCAAAGCGGGCGACGUGACGUACUACGUGGCCAAGGAACUGCUAAUGACCGAGAGGACCUACAAGCGAGACUUGGAGUUGCUUACCGUGACGUGGUCGAAACGAGUGGGUUCCAUUGGACGGACGGCGUCUUCUGGCACGGAAGCAGCUGCUUUGGCGAAGGCCUGUCUCGCUCUGGAGCCCCUGGCGCUGCCCGCUGGGGCCCUACUGGCGCGGCUGGAUAGGGCUUUGGCAUCUACAUCACCGGCGAGACAGCAUGAUUUGGAAGAACCGGAGUAUAGAAAAAUAGCAGAUCUGCUCUUCGACUAUUUAUCAAACACAUACGACGCAUACGCCGAAUACACGGAACAAGCAGGCACUCUAGUGGCCCUGGUGGAGAGCGCCCGGCGGCGCGGGGGCGCCGCCUCGCGCGAGGCCACCGCUUUCGAUGGCACUUCGCCCCUGCCGCUGGCCUGCCUGCUGCUGCGCCCGCUGCAUAGACUGCUGCACUAUUGCACGCUCACGCAUGAACUGUGGUCGGCGACUUGCAGCAGCCAAGCGCUGUCCGCGCACGAGCUGGCGAGCAAGGCGGCGAGCCUCGCGCUCACGCAGCUGCGCCACGUCGAGAACCACGCGGCGCUCUGCCAGCUGCAGCGGGACAUCGCCGGUUACGACAAGUUGUUGGUAGCUGAACGUGAAUUCGUGAGACUUGGAUGUGUCUACAAGCAUUCUUCUAAAGGACUGCUACAGAGAAUGCUAUUCUUGUUCAGUGACCUACUGCUGCUAGCUUCGAAGUCGUCGAACGGUCAGUUCCGCGCGCACUCGGUGUUCGCGCUGCACAAGCUGCGGCUGGAGCCCAGUGACUUGCCGCACUCUAUUGCUAUCAUUGACGAAGACACAACCGUGCUAAUAAGUACAAGCAACGAGGUGGAGUUCUCCGGCUGGUGGCAGGCUCUGUGCGACGCCAUCGCGGCGGCGCGCGACCUGCCCGCUCAGGUGGACACCGCGCUCUCGCAGCUCGAGCACGAGGCCGGUCUGUCGCUUAUGUGAUUCUGUUUAUUGGAUUAAUGAAUUGUCUGUCUAUGUUUCUUGAUAUGUUCUCUAUUUGCGUAAAGUAUUAGUGGAUGUAUACUCUUGAGGAUAUAUUAGUACUCUACUCUUUUUUCGCU